AUGCAACAAUUUUGCUGCUGUUUCGGUACACGGACGGAUAAAGUGUCGCCGGGUGAAUCGUUCGAUCAAUCGAAAUCUUCAACACCAACGAGCGAUGAAUCGAACAACAUUUUCCGCGCCAAACGGCACUGCACGGACAUUCUGUUCAUAGGAAUCAAGGCGGCUUUCAUCCUCAUCCUGCUAGUGCUCAUUAUCUACUGCAUGGCGUUCGGCGAUAUCUAUCGCAUAAUUAAUGGCUACGAUGACUGUGCCAACGUUUGCGGGCGUGACAAUAAACCGGACCCGAGCCUGGCGUGCAAGGGCGCUGACAGAACGGAGGAGAAGUACCUGCUGGUCGAAGGUUCCGGCGGCGUAUCGACCAGCGAUCUGCAUCGCAUGUGCGUCGCGAACUGCAACGAAGUCGAAGGAUUCAAACCCUUCCUGAAUCGAUGUAUUCGCAAGAGCAACCCUGCCGAGGAAGUCACCACGCGCACCGGACUGAGGAACUUUUUCCAGGAAGUAUCGGAAGAUCUGGACGCUUGCCACGGCGAGAUGCUGUGGUUGGCGCUGACGGCGUUUCUGCUCUCGCUACUGACGCUCGCCCUGCUGCGUGUCCUGCCGGGGCUGAUCGUGUGGCUAGUGUUGGUGGCCGUCGCGCUGGCCUGCACGGCCGGCACCGUUUGGCUGUGGCUCAAGUGGAACUUCGAGGUUGAGCAGCUUCCGGCGGAAGCUGGUGGGUCGGCCCGCAUGCGGGUGACCAAUUGGCUGUAUUAUGCGAUCGCCGCCACCAUUGCCACGGUGAUCGUCUUCCUCGUGAUACUGGUGAUGCGCAAACGGAUCAAGCUCGUCGUGCAGCUGUUCAAGGAAGCGGGCAAAGCGAUCGCCAGUAUGCCGUUUCUGUUGGCCGAACCGAUUCUGACUUUCGCCACGAUCGUCGGGGUGAUUGUGCUGUACGUGUACUUUACGGUGUGGAUCGAGAGCGCCGGUAUGCUGGUGGUCGAAGGUAACAAUAGCGCAAAGUACGUGAAGGACCCCACGAUGCUGCUGACCCGAUGGUACAAUCUGCUUGCCUUCCUGUGGUUCUGCCAGUUCGUGAUCGGCUGCCAGCACAUGGUGAUCGCCGGGGCCGUCGCUGGGUGGUUUUUCACGCGAAACAAAGCCCAUCUCGGUAGCCCGAUCGGUCGUAGCUAUGGCAACCUGUUACGUUACCAUCUCGGCACGGUCGCUCUCGGCUCGUUCAUUAUCGCCCUGGUACAGUUUCUGAGGACGCUGCUGAAGCUGCUGAUGCACUCGGUACGCAACCCGCAGAACCGGGUGACGGGCUUCAUCUUCGACUGCUGCCAGUGCUGUCUGCAGUGUUUCGAGCGGUUCCUUCAGUACCUGACCCGUAACGCGUACAUUCUGACCGCCAUGCACGGUGACCCGUUCUGCCGGGCCGGCAAGAACGCGUUCCGGUUACUGACCAACAACGCGCUGCGAGUGUUUGCCAUCAACUCGGUCGGUGACUUUGUGCUGGUACUCGCCAAGGUGUUUGUCGUGGUAGCGACCGCCCUCGUCGGGAUGGAGCUGAUUCAGAAGAAACCGGGACUGCACCACCCAUACGUGCCGCUGAUACUGAUCGGCAUCUUCGCCUACCUGGUGGCGCACUGCUUCAUGACCGUUUACGAGAUGACGGUCGAUACGAUUUUUCUGUGCUUCUGCGAAGACUGCGAAACGAACGACGGAAUCAGCCGGCCGUACUACAUGUCGCGCGGGUUGAUGGAAUUUGUGCAGAACUCCAAGAAAGCGCUCGCCAUCGACGGAAGCCGAGCGGGAAGCCAAUCGGUGCGCCGUGAGGGUAAAGCGUGGAUGGCGGCACCGACCGCCGGACCGACGGCCAUUUCCGAAACGGUAGACUAA